AUGAUGGAUAAUGUUUCUGUUAUUACAAUAUUUUUUCUUUCUGGUUUAAAUGAAACAAAGAACUACAGAUUUAUUUUCUUCUCGCUCACUUUACUGUAUUACUGUUUGAUUUUGCUGGUAAAUGUUUCUCUCAUUGUGAUCAUUAUCUUAGAUAAAAACCUCCAUGAACCUAUGUAUAUUCUAUUGUGCACUUUUUGCAUGAAUGGACUUUAUGGCACAACAGGUUUCUACCCUAAGUUUCUCUGUGAUCUACUUUCUCCUGUUCAUGUUAUCUCUUAUUCUGGAUGCCUUGUUCAGGCUCUAGUUACGUACUCAUUUGCCUGCUGUGAUAUGUCUAUUCUUGCAGUCAUGGCAUAUGACAGAUAUGUGGCUAUCUGUCAACCACUUGUGUACCACUCUGUCAUGUCAAAGCAAAAAAUCAUUAACUUAGUGUGUUUCUCAUGGAUAACACCUUUGUGCAUUAUGGGCAUAAAUGUUUUUCUAACAUCUAGGUUAAAGUUAUGCAGCCCGUAUAUUGCUAGAUUUUUUUGUGUGAAUUGGAUUAUUGUUAAACUUGCUUGUUACCCAGCUGAAACAACUGUUAACGGCAUAGUUGCAUACAUAACAAUAAUCAUUUAUUUCUUUCAUGGUGUUUUCAUAGUUUGGUCCUACAUGUAUCUCAUUAAAACAUGUGUAAACUCUAAAGAAAACAGGGCAAAGUUCAUGCAAACAUGUGUGCCACAUUUGAUAUCUUUAGUCACCUUUAUUUUCACUGUACUUUUUGAUGUUAUGAAUAUGCGAUAUAAUUCAAAUAAGUUUCCUCAAAUCCUUCAAAACUUUGUUGAAGUAGAAUUUCUUGUGAUAGCUCCUAUUAUGAAUCCUCUCAUUUAUGGUUUCAAACUGACCAAAAUUCGGAACAGAAUUCUAGGUGUUAUAACUUUUAAGAUUAAAUGA